GGGCUAUUCGACGACGAAGGAAAUUAAAACCCGUCUCCGUCUCUUCCUGAAGGGAAGGCCGGUUAAAAAGCUAUUUAAACGAAGGCUCGUUUUAUAGAAGUUAGUGCGGGUACAAUUGUAAGCGUAAACACUUUUCUUGUAAUCGAAGAAAGAGCAUUAUUCAUCAAGAGCCUUAGUUAACAAGAUGAGGAACACCUUUUCUUUAGCUCUAAUCUGCGUCGCUGUCUUAAUUCCACUGUUUCAAGAAGGUAAAUAGCAUUUUUCUGUAUCUUUUACCCUCUCUAUUCAUGUUAAAGUAUUCUGAUAAGUUCUUAUUUUCUAGUACAGUUUAUCUUAUUUUUUACGAUUUUACGUCAUGGCUCGUUUCGGUUUCCUAAAAACUGAAAUUGAUUCCUGUAAUUCAGUAUCAAUGAUUAAUGUCUUACUAUUUUGCAUUUUUCGGCAUUUUUCAUUUGACGACUGUGAACUGUACUGCGGCUUCAUUCCCGGGGGGAUACUCAACAAAUUUUUAUACGGGGAGGCUCCUCCCCGAGGUCCAAUCCCUUACCAUUUUAUUUACCCCUUUCGUAUACCUUCUCAUGAGAAAUGGUACCCCUUUCAAAUACCUCGUUUAGAACUUUGCAUCCCUUUUAACAGCUACGAAAUGCAUUGUCAUUUAAAUAGGAAUCAAUCACAAAAAUAGAACGUUAGCCCUUUGAGCCCUUUCACAGACCCUAAUAACAGAUUUUCCUACCCUUUAAUAUACUUCAACGAGUAAAAUCCCUACCCUUUCAUAUACCUGAAGCCAUACAAAGGUACCCCUUUCGGCUGGAGCCUCCCCGUAUAGGCCAUUACAGGGACUACCCCCAGCCCCAGGAACCGUUUCUUCUACGAUUUUGUUAUAUUUCUUUCAGCGCUCGCAUUCGUCCAUUAUUUUAGAUUUCUGCCUCGCAAAAAAACUGAUCCUUAGAAGAUCUGAUUAAGAAUAAAAAACCGCUUAGACGAGAUUCUUAUAUUUCUCUUGUCCCGGUCUCACUUCAGCCACUUUAGCUGAUGUCUUCCGGUCGUCUGUCGCCCACUUGCUUUUGCUGUUUGCUUGUUUUAUUUUUUUCUUUCAGAAUUAAAGGCUUGUACUCAAAUUUCAUAGACCUCUGUCCAAAAAUAUGCCUCACAAGUUGUAAAAUAUAAUUGUUUUGGCUAAUUUGCCUCUUGUGGGCAAUCCUAAUAGAAAAAUAAACAGCUGACCCAAAUUCGUUUUUCAAGUAAAGGGUUUCAGACGUUUUGGGGGCUUCGUCACGCGUUCCUUCCCCACGAUUGCGUGAAAAAACCCAGAGAACGUACAGUAAAAACUCUAACCCUAGCCCCUGAGAACAUGGUUGUUAGGAACCUUUUAGGCUAAAAUUUGCCGGUGAAGCCGGCCCGCUCCGGCUAUACAAGAACCUGUACAGCCGAAAAUUUGAAAAAGGUUCUCAUUUUCUAAAAUCUAUGAAAAAAUUAUGUACGCUUGGACAAAUUCUCAAAGUUGAUGAUAAUCCAUGUAAAGCUUUACUACAUAAUCUACAAAGGAAAAUCUCUGUUGUUCGACUGAGCAAACGCUGAGGUCACGUUCUACACUGAGACGAGCUCAUGAGUCGGGUUUGGCCUGUCAACACCUUAUUUCAAAGAUGAAUACUACUAAAUACUCGUAUCUACAAUGUAUUUUUUCUUCAGAAAAUAAGAACCUCCUUAUGAACCUAAAUGGCCUAAUUUUCUGCUAAUUUCCAUAUAUGUAGAAACCUGUUUAGGCUGAUUUAGGAAAAUUAAAAUGCAGCCAGGUUCUUACAAAACGGGUUUUUACUUUAUUCACAGUAGCCUGUGAACAGGCUCUCUGUUUUGGGAUGAGGUGAAAAAAUGGCGAGGAGAGGGAAGGAAAAGGGUGAGGCUAUUUUCACAAUUGAAUCGUAUUCUCCUAUUUACCUCUACAGAAAACCGAGAAGUAGGUACAACAGGGAAGUGUUCAUAGGUGUGGCGUUAAUGCGAUUUCUCAUUAUUACUUUGCUACUUCUAUGAAACUUUAGAAACUCAAAAAUCGAGCGGCACGGAUUCCGUUAAAGGGCAAUCUGUGACACCAAUUCCGACUCUCUUAUCGAUAAUCUUGGCUGGAGAAAACUUGACACGCAAAGAUCCGCAAAGACAAAUAAAAAAAGCUACAACCGAAUAUAAAUCACCCAAUGGGUUAGCUCCUUAUUAUCUUUGCUCUAAAUUUACUUAUCGUGGCAGUGUCACCAAUUACUCUUUGAGAGAGACCAACGGCAAACUGGCUAUUCCUGAUUGUCAUUCAUUCAUUCAUUAAUUCGUUCAUUCAUUCAUUCAUUCCUUUAAGUGUUUUUAUUUAACGCGAAAGAAAAUAAGGAAAAAUUGGUUGGUUACCAUUUAUAAAAAAAAUUCCGGAAAUUUUGGUUUUGGCAUUUUCGGUCGGUAAGAACGGUACGUGUCGUUUAUCAUUUGCCUAAAAUUUCCGGAUUGUCGCGCCGCGCUAGACUAGAUUUUAGUUACAACAUGAAACUAGUACGAAACUCAAGAAACUUGUAAAUGGUAACGAAUUUCCAUUCGGAACGUCCCAAUCGGGAAAACGGGACUACCUUUUCAGAAUUUCCGUUUGUCCCGGGAAUUUUCCAGUGGGACGAACCAAAAAAGCGUUUACCAUUUACAUCCCAACCGGAAUUUCUGGGAAUUUGUGAUAAACGGUAAACAACCAAUAUGUCUGCCCAGCCGCCUGUACAAGGCAUGGUAGCCAUUCCCCUUAAAAAGUCGAGUUAAUUUUGAGGAGAAGGGAGGGAGCCGCCGAACACAGGUUGUCCCGACUGUUGGCGAAUCUCUGAAUGAAAGUAGGCCUGUUUCAAACGUCAUGCCAUUGCCGGCUGUUCUUAGCUGGUUCGAAUUCAGCGCGACUCCAGCACUACUGUAACGUAAUACUUGGUUUCAGAAGUAACAUUUAAGGACUCAGUCGAAUGAAAAAUCUGUUGCGGAAAACAAAACUUGAAUAUAAAAAGUGGUUAGUGAACUUUUAAACUGUAUUUUAUUGUAUUUAUAAUUUAUGUAAUGAGUUCAGCACGGCAGCAGCGCGGGGUUUAAAACUAAGCCUUGCUGGCUGCUGUGUGUAGCACCGCAAAACGGAUUUAACCGCAUUAGACUUUGGUUUAUCAUUAUCAACCUAGUAAGCGCUUUACGGGAAAGAGGAAUGGAAUACCUCUUACAAUGGAAGGAGGGAAGGGGGGACGGGCACUCCAGUAACCCACCACUCUAGCUGAUUACGCAUUAAUUCUUUCAGGCUUUUCUUUGAGAUGCCACGUGUGCUAUUCGACAAAAUCCUGGGAUGACUGCGUGAAGAAUAGCAGGAAUAUCACCUGCCAUAUUGAAGGGGUUGACGAUUCCAGCUUGGCUUGUCAAACAGCGCACGCUUCUAGACUGGGAAAGAACAACCAACAAUUUGACAUCUUUUACAAGAGCUGCGUAAUUCUGGUAAGAAUCUGAAUGCAUACAACCAGUUUUUAACUGUAUGACAACAUGCAUCUCACUCCUCAGUCUUAGAGAGGAUCCUCUUUUCUUGAAACUAAUUGACAAACAGUGCUUUAAGCCCAAGGGCUUUACCUUUUCUUCCUGCUUUGCGGUAUUUUUAUUCAAAAAUUAUUUUUUUCCCGACGUUUGAUAGAUCGCAGAUCAUUACGUCAUCUGCCUAUAACUCAUUUUCGUCGCAGAUAACUUUGCAGACUUUGGUCUGCUCAUGCACAGCAAAGGAAAGACGUUUUUGUCCUCAGAGCCACUCACCUUUUUGUAAGGAUAGAGAUACGCGAGCAAAAGAAGCGGGGAGUCUGAUGACGAGAGUAGUUUGAGGUUUUGCUACGGGUUCAUUAUCCUCCCACUCAGAUGGUUCGUAGGUUUUUAUCACACGCGCGUUCCCCCUCCACGCGGGUGAGGACCUCGCUGCAUGGGAGGGCAAUAGACCAUCAAUCAAGGUCUUUUCCAGGCACGCCCGCCUAGGUCAUGUACAGUGAACUAAAAAAAGGUGUUCACGGCUAUCCGAAGGCAGAACAAAAACUGAAGCUAAAUUUCUGAUUAAAACUGAACGGAAGAAAUGCAAGAAUGCGUAAAACGUUUGCUUGAUGGAUGUUAUCUACUUUUUGUGGAAAAUCUUCAAGAAAAAAAAAACAUCUCUUUAUGUCCUGAAACCGUGCCGAGAAUGGUGGGCUAAAGUUUAGGCCGAGAAAGUCAGUGCAAGGAGGUAAGUUUGUAAAGAAUUCAGUUAGGAAUAUUUUGAAUGAAUAAAAAAACAAUUAGACAUAUUAAAUUCUGCAAGCAGAAUACUGCAAUACUGAUCGUCACGGUACUACGUGAAAAUGAACUCUUAUUGAAUUGGGCUUCCACGGUGUGAUGUGAAGAAUUAUGCAGAUGUACAUAAGGCUGAAGGCCGAGGUGAAUAACAUCCUCCUCAAUCUGCAUAAUUCUUCACAUCCCACGCAGCCUCUCUCAAUAAAUGCUAAAUAUAUAUCAUGUUUUUUUUUUCAGGAAAUGUGUAGUAAAGAGAAGUGCCGCAAAGAGUUUAUAAAACCGAAGGAUCUAAAUACAACAAAAGCCUCCUACUGUGAUCUGGAAUGCUGCUUUAGAGACGAUUGCAAC